UCUUGAGACGUGUAUCUGGUACCAUGACGUGUGCCUCAUUUGUUUUAUUCACGAUCUUUCUCCCUGGCUUCUUUUGCAAAGAUGAUGAGCCGGAGCGGAACAUCCAUUGCAGAGCGUCAAGUCAAGAGCUUGCAUAGUAGAAUAGCAUCAGACUCCAUUCAUUGAUUAGCGCAACGAAGUUAAGCAGAGGACAGGAACCAUGGAUGGUAUCGACGCUUCCCUACUAGUGGAUCAGGCUCCAAUCAUGCCUGCCGCCAACGAAGAUACCCUUUCGGAAAAAUCGGAAGCGGAAAGAUCGGGAGCUUCUGGUUCUGUGAAGAACCCAGCGACCACGAUGAUGAUGGAUGAGGAGAUGGGUGCUUCAAUGGACUCAGAAGAUGGGCUGAACUUGAUAGAAAAAGAGAGCAAAAGUGAAACAAUGAUGGAUCCAGUGGUUGCAGAGCCAGCAAAGAGCAUUGAGAAUGAGAAUGACCAGCAGGAUGCUUCUCUAACUGCAACAAGCACACAUGCGUCCGCAGAGGAUGCACUGGAGCAACCCAUCAAGGACAAUGAUGCAACAGAGGAACCAGGAAACAUACCGUUAGCAAUGGAUGCAGAGGAGAAACCAACAUCUACCGGAUCGCCUGAUGAUGAGAACAGCGUAGUGCAGAACGUGGAAAGUAGUGAGGAAACUGUCGUGGAUUCAGUUGGUUCACCAGCAGACGACGAUGGUGAUGGAAGAGACGAGCCUGGCGAUGAAGAGCUCGCCCUCCCAGGGGACAAACAUUCAGCCAGCAACAGCCUUGGAUCUUCCACCAUCGAAUCAGAAGGCCAACAGAACGAUGACAAUGUGAUUCCAGAGGUGGGAAAGCCCACUCUGAUGCCCCUCGACUCCUUUGUGAGUGAGGAUACUCGUCCCGCUGAAAAUAGUCAUGACAACCAAGACUCUUCUUCCGUUGUGCGGGAUGACGUUGUUGCUGAUGAUGAAGAAUCUGCGCUUCCAGAGGCACAUCCAGAAGCACUCUACAAUCUGGCACAAUCUCUGGGAUCCAUGCUGGACGGUGGUGAUGACAAGGUUAAUAGCAACAAGAAGAAACGCCAACUGGAAGAGACGGCACCUCUGGUCAAAGACAAACAGAAGAAGGUCGAAUGGCCCGACAUCACCAAGACUGAUGUGACAGCACUUAUCAUUGCAGUAGCGUUUGCAGUAGUGCUGGGGAUAGUCUACCUGCGUGCCGACAACAACGUUGCGCCAAAGCAUGUUCCAAACAACAGAGGAGAACACUUUGUCAGAUCGACGACAGCUCCAAUGCCAACUCCAGCUACAACUGAAGGCAGCCUGGACAAUGCCGACGGAACAGAGAUAAUCAUCCUUCACGCAUCAACCAGCACAUCAAACUACAGCUACACGACAAGCGAAAAGAACAGCAGUGCCAGUGGCAACUUUAGUGAAGAUGGAUCGGGAAAGUCUUGGUUUGUCAUCGGAGGCGACAACAAAGCACACAACGAGAGUACCGUUUACAUCUCGACGGACACUGACGCAAUAGAGGAGCACCAACCCACAUCAUGGGAUCAGUUUCUCCCUUUUACAUUUCAUGGCGAGAUUGCCACGGAUAUUUCACAUCUCUCUUCCCUCAAACGCCUCAAUUUGAGCUCGGACAAUCUUGCGGGGCCCAUUCCCAGCGAAAUUGGACUCCUUUCCAGCCUCGAGCAACUCGAUUUGAGCCACAAUUUCUUGUCAGGCCAAAUUCCCUCGCAUCUAGGAUUGCUAAGUGACCUGCAAGUGCUUGUCUUGGGACACAAUUUCCUCCAGGGGUCUAUUCCCAGUGAGCUUGGCUUGCUGACCAACCUGCGCGUUUUGAUUCUGUCUCACAAUGAACUGGGAACGGGAAUCGACACCAACAGCACAAGCAGCAUUCCCACGGAAUUGGCCCAAUUGACCUUAUUAGAACAGUUCUACUUGGAAGGGGAAAGAAAUCAAAUAUCUGGAAUGCUCCCCUCCGGUAUGUGCGAGUUGCCGCGGUUGGCAUGGAACGGAACUACGCCUGGGCUUUGGUUGAACUGUGAUCACAUCCCUUGUCCAUUGCCAGCAGAGUCCUGUCCCUGCACGUGCGAAGCACCCGGAGGAUUUGCGAGCCGUUAGCUGUAGGUAGGAUGCAUUUGCCCAAGCAAUGCAUGCAGUUUUGGAAACUGCUUGCAUUGCCUGAUGCCCGAAAGGCAGCACAAUGAACGUGCCAAGCCAACUGUACACCACGAUUCUUGACUCUAUAAUAUUGUAAAAAGAUGCCUUCAACGU